UCCUGCCGAACCGAAAGCGCAUCAGCUAACUCACAGAUGACCCGCAGUAGAAUGACGGAGAGUGACUCGCGCGUCCGGAACGCGGGUGUGUUUGUCGAGCUCUGCGUUCAUCUGAACGGACCCCUGCUCUCCAUCUCGCCGAGAUCAGUCUGAGCGUCUGGCAACUUCUGCAAACCUGUCUGCACGGACUCUCUCUCGGACUGACAGCGCGCUCCUGCUCUGUAGUUGCAUGUGUGGAUGAGAAGAGCUUCUGCAGACUAGAUCGUUUCUGCUAAAAGUCUCACUGACGCGUGUUAGAAUGAACCCUAAACACUGACUGGCUGAUUUGUGUCUCUCCGGCGGCGCAGUCCACAGCUAUUGACCGUAGUGCGGACAUUCACACCACUGACAGAAGAUCGUGGACAUCUCAACACUUGCUCCACUGUCUGACAUCAGCCGCGUCGGGAAGAGCCGAGCCACAGAUGUGAAUGAAAGUCGACUAAAGCAAGAGGGAUAUACGCGUCCGAGUGUGCUGUAGUGAUGCUGCAAGUGGAAAUGAUCAUAUUCGUGGGUGUGAUUCUGUGGAUGUGUGUAUUUAGUCAAGAGCCCAGCUCAAAGGUGAUGGCCGAUCGAUACGCUGUCUACUGGAACCGAACCAACCCCAGGUUUCACCGUGGAGACUAUCACAUCGACGUCUGUAUAAACGACUACCUGGAUGUCUACUGUCCGCACUACGAGGACUCGGUCCCUGAGGAGAGAGCGGAGCGCUAUGUGCUCUACAUGGUCAACUACGACGGCUACAGCACGUGCGACCACACGGCCAAAGGCUUCAAGCGCUGGGAGUGCAACCGGCCGCACUCGCCCAACGGCCCGCUCAAGUUCUCCGAGAAGUUCCAGCUCUUCACGCCCUUCUCGCUGGGCUUCGAGUUCCGGCCGGGCCGAGAGUAUUACUACAUCUCAUCCAUGAUCACAGAAACCGGGAGAAGGUCGUGUCUCAAGCUGAAAGUGUACGUGAGACCACCGAAUGGCUGCGAGAAAACCAUAGGCAUUCACGACCGCGUUUUUGUCGAUGACAAAGUAGACAAUGCAUUAGAACCAAGAGAUGAUACCAGUCACGAGGCUGAACCGUCCCGGAGCGACGUGUCGACUUCAGGCCUGCGGCACCAAACGUCACGCCCCUUGCUGGCCCUGCUGCUGCUCUGCAUCUCUGUGUUCUUCACCUUAUAGCCCCUCACCUGCCCCUCAAGCAGCCCUCGGGAGACCCCGCGCGUCCCGGCGCCGGGGAGGGCUUGAGAUUCACCAGGAACACUUCUGCUGCGCUUUUGUUUUGUUUUCCAAUAUUUAAGUGGUCCUUCGCUGUCUUUGAUUAAGAAAAGUCAAUUAGUCGCGCGAAGAAGAAAUUCAGAUCGCCUGUUUAACCAACCGACCAAUCAACUGCGGUGGCCGGUCGCUGCGGAUUGGCUGCCAGGAGGAAGGGGGCGGAGUCUCAGAUUUGAUUUGGGUCCAUUGGGAGCGAGUCGCUCUUUUGUGGGUAAUUAGAGCACAUGUUAAGAAACGCCGGAGGCCCUGUGAGAACUGAAGGUUUCUAGGUGGGUGUCACAUAAAACAGACAUAAACAUCAACCCGAGUUCACCGGCUCUGCUGUUAGCGAUAUUAUAUAUACACAAAGACUCUUGCCUUUCGUCCUUCGUCUGCCUUCCCCUAACAAAUUGCAGAAUCCAUCGGAAGAAACGGUCUGUUAUGCGUCUCGCCGCAGGAUCUUUCCCAAUCGAAGGAAGACGUUGGUUAGUCCGAAUUUGCAUUUGAUUCUCUACUGCAAUUUGAGGGACUUGUCUUAGUAGACCACACCACUAAAAACAAUGAUUUUGUAUUUUGUAAGAUAAACUUAACUGCAACAUAAAUAUCUAUAUUUUUCCUAUGACCUUUUAUCAAUUGAUAUGAGAUAUCAACAUUAACGGAUCAUGGAAAUUCUUUUCUUGUCAUAACUGUGUGUCCGACUCCAUUAGGAACCAAAUAUGGAAAGGGGCUCCGCAUGAUGUUUUCCCCUUUUACAUGGGUGGAAAAAAUAAGCAUUUGUUUGAAUAGGCCUUAUACUGUACACUAUACUAAUAUCUCCUGGAAGUGCUUCGAAUUCAGCAUUUCGAUCGGGGAAAUAAAGUCUAGUUUCAUUUGUUUAUUUCAUUAAUGCAUCUGUUUGUUCUGUAGCUGUUAAUUGGUGCAGUUCUGACUCGUUUAAU